UAUAAAUCUCAAUACAAAGUUCAUUCAUUCUUUCAUUCUCUCUACUCUAUCUUCUCUACUUGUUAAUGGCUAAAUUUCAAUCCAUGCUACAACAUUUUACUCUUUUUUUUCUUGCACUAAUAGUCUUCAAUUAUUCCCUUCAAUCUCAUGCAAGGCUCUUAAAGCCAUUGGACCAAGACAAUGUUCCUGCUUCAACAUCAGAGAAGAAAAUUGACUCAUCAAUGAACUCACACAAUGAAGAUUCAAGUGAAAAUCACACAUAUGCAUUCCAACCAACAACACCAGGAAAUAGUCCUGGUGUUGGCCACAGAUACUUUACGGAAGAAAAGUCGAAAAAGACGGUAGUUCAGAGGCCAGAUGAUAACAUAUCUGUGACUGAGGAUACUAAAAAUGACUUCAAAAAAACAGACCCAGGUCACAGUCCUGGUGUUGGUCAUGCUUACCAAAACAAAAUUGGAAACUGAUUUUACUCGUGUAAAUAUGCAAUUAAUUUCUUUUAGUUGUAUGUAUCAAUUAUUUAUAUAUGUUUUCUUUAGUUUCAUGUUGCACUGUAUAUUGUGAAUUCUUGUAUGCCAAACCAUGCAUGAUGCGUGAGAUUUGGGCUCAAGGAUUGUUCGCUAUUGAUUGUAUCAUUCAAUUCAAAAGGUUAA